AUGGUUAGUAAUAAUAAUAAAAAUCAAAAAAUUGGAAAAUGGACUAUAAUAUUAUUUUGCUGGUAAAUAAAACAAAGGAAAGAGAGUUGGAAAGUGGGCUUAUUUUAUCAUAACAAUUUGAAAAAAUAAUAAAUAAAUUUCUUUUUCAAAGGAAGAGGAUAUUACGAUAAGAAUGGAAUGAAAUAAGGAAAAUGGAUUGAAAUUUUAGAUGGUUUUACUUUCUUUUUAAGGACCUUAAAUACUGAGGAAUUAAAAAUCUUGAAUAUUGGGGAAUACAAAAAUGGAAGAAAAAUUUGA